AUGCUAAAAAUCAUUAUCCCUACUUUCAUACUACUCCCACUAACCUUCCUAUCCACACCCAAACACCUGUGGACCAACAUUACUACACACAGCCUACUAAUCGCUACCGUCAGCCUCCAAUGACUAACACCAACGUACUACCCAAGCAAAGGCCUGACCCCCUGAACUUCCAUCGACCAAAUCUCCUCCCCCCUACUAGUCCUAUCAUGCUGACUCCUUCCCCUCAUAAUCAUAGCAAGCCAAAACCACCUAGAACAAGAACCAGCCAUCCGCAAGCGAGUCUUCACCACAACAAUCCUACUAGCUCAACUAUCCCUACUCACAGCCUUCUCCGCCUCAGAGCUGAUACUAUUCUACAUCGCAUUCGAAGCAACCCUAAUCCCAACUCUAAUCCUCAUCACACGAUGAGGAAAUCAACCAGAACGCCUCAACGCAGGUAUCUACCUCCUAUUCUACACACUCGCCAGCUCACUCCCCCUACUAAUUGCUAUCCUACACUUACAAAACCAAACAGGAACACUAUACCUCCCAAUACUCAAACUCUCACACCCAACACUAAACACCUCCUGAUCAGGCCUAAUCACAACACUAGCACUUCUACUAGCAUUCAUAGUAAAAGCCCCCCUAUACGGACUUCACCUAUGACUUCCCAAAGCACACGUAGAAGCCCCUAUCGCCGGAUCCAUACUAUUAGCAGCCCUACUACUAAAACUAGGAGGAUACGGCAUCAUACGAAUCACCAUCCUAGUAAAUCCCUCAUCAAGCAACCUUCACUACCCAUUCAUCACUCUCGCACUGUGAGGAGCAGUAAUAACCAGCGCCAUCUGCCUACGACAAAUUGACCUAAAAGCCCUAAUUGCUUACUCAUCAGUCAGCCAUAUAGGCCUAGUCGUAGCUGCAACCAUAAUCCAAACCCAAUGAGCAUUCUCAGGAGCAAUAAUCCUAAUAAUCUCACACGGCCUAACCUCUUCAAUACUAUUCUGCCUAGCUAAUACCAACUACGAACGCACACACAGCCGAAUCCUCCUACUUACACGAGGCCUGCAACCACUCCUCCCACUAAUAACUAUCUGAUGACUACUAGCCAACCUAACAAACAUGGCUGUUCCACCAACCACAAACCUCAUAGCAGAACUAACCAUCGUAAUCUCUCUAUUCAACUGAUCCUCCUUCACAAUUAUCCUGACAGGAGCCGCGAUCCUACUCACCGCCUCAUAUACUCUAUACAUACUCAUCACAACCCAACGAGGCACAUUACCCUCCCACAUCACAUCAAUCCAAAACUCCUCCACACGAGAACACCUCCUCAUAGCACUACACAUAAUCCCCAUAGCACUACUUAUCCUAAAGCCCGAACUCAUCUCAGGCGCACCUAUAU